UCUCCGGCCAAUUAAAUCCGUAGAAACAAACACACAAGAGGCGGAGGAGCCAAUCUCCACGUACGUACAUCCCGAUUCGCCACGCUAGCCGGGGCGUUCCGCAGCUCGCGCGUGCGUGACGAAGGAGCACGAUGAUGUGGGAGGACAUCAUGGCCUUCGUUGCUAUCCUCAUCGCGGCAGUGGGCGUCUGCAUAAUCUGGUGCAUGGCACCUGCAGAGGUGGAAGAAGGAGACAACGUGGCCGCCGCGGGUCGAAGAAGGGGGAGGUGGCCGGGCUCACAGCGGCGAAGGCCGGCGCCGGGGAGGCCGCAGCAGCUGGUCUACUUCUUCUACCCCGCAGCGCCCGACACGGAGGGCGGCGGAGGGACGGCCGGAGGGUCGGUGGUGGUGUGCGCCAUCUGCCUGGAGGCGCUGGUCGGCGGGGCGGAGUGCAGCGAGGUGCCGGCGUGCCGGCACGUGUUCCACCGUUGCUGCCUUGCGCUGUGGAUCAAGAGCAAGAGCACCUGCCCGCUCUGCAGGGAGCUUGUCGCCGCAGGGUCAGAACCCCUCACGGCUGCCGAGGCCAUGGUUUAGUUUAACUGUUGUUUGCUACCCUUUCAGAUCAACCAAAGCGCCCAUCACAUACGUGGAUCUGGUGUCCGUUCUGCAUGCACGCACGCAUACACAUCACAUGUUUGGUGAACCCUCGUUGAAUCCCUUCAUGUAUGCAGCAGAUUUUUUUUAAUACUGUGUUGGCGGGGCCUUGAACUUAGACCCCUGAUUUAGAUAUCAUAUUGAAU